AUGGGCGGCGGACCGGCAAAAGACACACUCCUCGCAGUUCUCCCCUUCUCCAAACCUACCUCCAUCCUCCAAAACCUCAAACACCAAUUCCCAGACCUAGACGUCAUCUACUUCCAAACCUCCUUCAGCCAAGACGCUCAAGUCCUCGCCAAAGAGGUCCCCAAACACCUCUGGCACGAUGCCACAAUCCUCGUCACCCUCCGGACAUUCCCCGAACCCUCGGAAGCCCCGAAUCUCCAACUCAUCCAUCUCGUCUCCGCCGGAAGCAAUCAAAUCCAAAAUUCGAAAAUCUAUACAGAUACCGAUAUCACGAUCACGACUUCUUCCGGUAUCCAUGGCCCGCAAAUCGCGGAAUGGGUGAUUAUGACGGGUCUUGUGAGCAGUCAUGGGUAUAAUGAACUUUAUGAAUUACAGAAGAAACAUCAGUGGGGGAAGUCGAAGAAUGAUGGACAGUACAAUAGGGUGAGAGAUUGGGUGGGUCGAAGGAUUGGGAUUUUGGGGUAUGGGAGUAUUGGGAGACAGGUUGGAAGGGUUGCGAAUGCGUUGGGUAUGGAGGUUUUGGCUUAUACCGCUACGCCGAAGGAUUCGGAUGCGAAGAAGAGGGAUGUUGGGUUUGUUGUGCCUGGGACCGGGGAUGUGGAGGGGAAGAUUCCAGUACAGUGGUUUUCUGGGUUGGAGAAGGAAAGUCUGCAUGAGUUUUUGAGGCAGGAGAUUGAUUGGUUGCUUGUUUCUGUGCCUUUGACGGAACAGACGAGGGGGUUUCUUGGGAAGGAGGAGUUUGAGGUGCUGAGUGAGAAGGGGAGGAGACCGGCUUUUGUUACGAAUAUUGCGAGAGGUCCGAUAUUGAACCAGGGUGAGUUGAUUGAGGCGUUGAAGGAUGGGACGUUGGCUGGGGCGGCGCUUGAUGUUACGGAUCCUGAGCCUUUGCCGAGCGAUAGUGAGCUUUGGGAUUUGGAGAAUGUGAUUGUUACGCCGCACGUUAGUGGGAAUGGGGUUGCGUAUAUAGAGAGGACGUUUAAGGUGUUGGAGAUCAAUUUGGGGCAUAGAGAGAAGGGGGAACGGUUGAUUAAUGUUGUGAGGAGGGAACGAGGAUACUAA